UUAACAAGAGUGUUUAUAAGUCUCUUACUUCCCAAACACACGCUGGAUUUCUUUAUGUGUGGAUCACAAGUUCAGAUAUGAAGAUGUUUGGUCUUCAACUGUUUGUUUUGAUUUGUUUGUAUGCUGCAGUACAGCCAUCCAGUCAAACAGACUCCAGCUCUUUUCUCAUCUACAAUGAGGAUCACAACAGAUGUGUGAAUGUUAUUAAUGCCAGUGUUAUACAGACGGCACCGUGUGAUGUAUCUUCUGACGCUCAGCGUUUCCGAUGGGUUUCUUCUUCAAGAAUUAUCAGCGUCUCUCUUAAACUCUGUUUGGGAGCUCAAAGCGUUAAAGACUGGGUGAAAAUUAUCCUUCUGCCCUGUAAAGAGCUCAGUCCUCUCCAGACCUGGGAAUGUAAGAAUGAGACCUUGUUUGGCUUAAAGGGACAACCGUUACAUCUGAACUACGGCAAUAAAGAAGAGACAAAUAUGAUGCUGUAUAAGGGAAACGGAUCUUGGAGUCGCUGGCAGAUUUAUGGGACUACAGACAAUCUGUGUUCUCAUGGAUAUCAAGAGAUUUAUACUCUGGAUGGGAAUUCAUUCGGAAAGCCAUGUCAGUUUCCCUUUAAGUUUAAUGACAAGUGGUACGCUGAGUGCAUCAUGGAGGGAAGAUCAGACGGCAAACUGUGGUGUUCAACUGAGACAGAUUAUGAUACAGACAAGAAAUGGGGCCUCUGUCCAGCCAAACGCGUCUCAGGAUGGGACAGUGAUCCAGUAACUGGUGUAUUAUAUCAGAGAAACACACAAUCAGCACUGACCUGGCAUCAAGCUCGAGCCAGCUGCCAACAACAAGGUGCAGAUCUUCUCAGUAUAUCAGAACUACAUGAACAGUCUUAUAUAUCAGGCUUGACAGAUCUCUUGGGUUCAGCUUUAUGGAUCGGUCUCAACAGUCUUGACUUUGACAGUGGAUGGCAAUGGAGUAAUGGAAACCCAUUCAGAUAUCUCAACUGGGCUCCUGGUAAUCCCUCUCUGGAGCCGGGCCUUAACUGUGCUGCAUUAAACGCUGGUAAAGCAUCCAAAUGGGAAAGUCUGGCCUGCAGUAAGAAGUUAGGUUACAUUUGCCGCAAGGGAAAUUCAACAGAUAUCACACCUUCAACAGGUGUAGAUCUGCCUAACUUCUGUCCAGUGGCGUGGGUGCCGUACGCCGGUCACUGUUAUUAUCUGCAGCGCACAAAUAAGACGUGGAGUGAUGCUUUGGCCGAGUGUCACAAAGAAAGAUCAGAUCUGGCCAGCAUUCACAACAUAGAAGAACACAGUUUCAUCAUAUCACAGACUGGAUACAUGUCGACUGAUGAGCUCUGGAUUGGUCUUAAUGAUCAAAGGAUUCAGAAUCUGUUUGAGUGGUCAGAUAGAUCGCACGUCACCUUCACUAAAUGGUUUGUAGGAGAACCUUCACACGUCACAAAUCGAAUGGAGGAUUGUGUUCUUAUCAGAGGACAGGAGGGGAAGUGGUCAGAUCAUCUGUGUGAGUCAGCUCAUGGUUACAUCUGUAAGAAGAAAGCUUCCAUUAAACCUGAAGGAUCUCCAGAGGUCAUCAGUCCUGGAUGUCCAGCUGGUUGGUUUAGGUUUGGCUAUUACUGUUAUAGCGUUGCCAUGGAAACCAAAACUUUUGAUGAUGCCAAACUGACGUGUGAGCAGACCGCAGCUAACCUUGUUGAUGUUGGCAGCAGAUAUGAGAAUGCGUUUCUCAUCAGUCUGGUUGGUCUUCGACCUGAGAAAUAUUUCUGGAUUGGUUUGUCUAAUACUCAUCAGACUGAGCAAUUCCAGUGGAUCAAUGGUGAUAAAGUCAAGUUUACACACUUUAAUGUAGGCAUGCCAGAUAAGCACCGAGGUUGUGUGGCAAUGUUAACAGGAACUUCAGCAGGAUUAUGGGAUGUAUUGGCCUGUAACACUAAACAGAAAUACAUCUGUAAGAAAAUGGCAGAAGGAGUCACUACAACCCGAGAGCCUCCGACCACACGACCUCUCAGGUGCCCGGAUAAUUGGAUUAAAAAAGAUCCAGGCAGUUGUGUUCAGGUCUACAGAAAGCAGAAGAAUGAGAAAAAGACUUGGUUUGAAGCGCGUGACUUCUGUCGAGCUGUUGGUGGUGAUUUAGCGAGCUUUCAUUCAGAAGAUGAAAUGAAAAAGUUACCGUAUUUAACCAAAGACCCGUUGUGGAUUGGCUUCACUUCAUUGGACAGUAAUUCUGGUUUUGUGUGGUCAGAUCAAACUCCUUCCGAUUAUCAGAACUGGGCCUCCGGUGAACCAAACAACUACAACAAUAAUGAGAACUGUGCUGAAUAUGGCUAUUAUUCUGGCAACAAGUGGAAUGAUCAAGAUUGUGAUGCUUAUUUAAACUGGGUCUGUCAGAUUCCAAUAGGCAUUACUCCAAAAUCCCCACCGACAUCAGUCAUUCAAGAAUAUAACAAGACGUCUGAUGGCUGGAUUCAGUACAAUGGCAUUCAGUAUUUCAUUAAUCUUGAUCUUCACACUAUGGAAGAUGCUCGUGCCUUCUGUAAGAAGAAUCAUGCUGAUCUUGUUGUCAUUAAUGAUCAGACUGAGAGGAGGUUUUUAUUUAAACAGAUAUCUAGAAAUGAAAGAUCAGAAAAUCAGUAUUACAUCGGGAUGACUGUAGAGUUGGACAAAUCAUUUAGUUGGGUGGACGGUUCACCUGUUGUAUACACUGCGUGGGAACGAAAUGAACCAAAUUUCUUCAACAAUGAUGAGAACUGUGUGACCGUUUUGAAAAGCUCAGGAUUCUGGAAUGAUAUUAAUUGUGGUCAUUCGUUACCCUCGAUCUGUAAAAGAAGUGCUGAUUUUGUCAACACCACCGUGUCUCCAACCACUGUAUCAGCGGGCAGCUGCGCUCCUGAAUGGACUCUGUUCAGAGGAAAAUGUUACAAGUUUUUCGAUAAUAAGAUGUCAUGGCAUAAAUCACGAGAUCACUGCAUUUCAAAUGGAGGCAAUCUGGUGUCCGUUCGGAGUCACACAGAGCAAUUUUUUCUCACAACUUUAAUGCUAAGUGCUGUUGAUGACGUGUGGAUCGGUUUAAAUGACAUUGCCUCAGAUGCAAAAUUUCUGUGGACCGACAAUCGAGCUGUCAGAUACACAAACUGGCUUGAAGGUCAACCUUCAUCAAAUUUACAGUCAAGAGACUAUUAUGACGCAGACUAUUAUGGUGUGGAUUUCUUUGGUAUGAGAUAUAUGAGACGGAUAAGGCAGAAAAGGAGAACAAAGAACUAUGACUGUGUUAUGAUGGUUAAACACCCAGAGAAGUCCACUGGUAAGUGGACAGUUGAAGACUGUAAAAAUAAGAGAGGUUUCAUCUGCAAGAGGAACACAGACUCUCAGCUGUCUGCUCCCGUGACCACAGCAGUACCACAUAAAUACUUCAGUCUGGGCAAUGAUUUAUAUAAGGUCCAGCUGGAGAAGAUGAGCUGGGAUGAAGCGAGAAGACAGUGUAAAGCUGAUGAUGCUGAUCUUGCGAGUGUACUGAACUCCAUCAGUCAGGCGUACACCAGCCUACAAGUCGACGAACUCAAAGAACCUUUGUGGAUCGGACUCAACAGUAACCUGACAUAUGGACGCUAUCGCUGGGUGGAUAACUGGUUUCUAAGCUACAGUAAAUGGGCUACAGGAGAACCCAAAAACAAUUUAGCUUGUGUUUAUAUUGACACGGAUGGAGACUGGAAAACUGCAGCGUGUAACAACAAAUAUUAUUCCCUCUGUAAAAGAUCAGCAGUUUUUGCCCCUACAGAUCCUCCUCAGCUGCCGGGUAACUGCCCCGAAUCAGAUCACAGAAAAGGUUGGAUCCCGUUUAGAAGACACUGCUAUACGUUCAUGACCUCCACGAGAGACAACUGGGCUAAAGCCACAGUAGAAUGUAUAAGAAUGGGUGCAUCUUUAGUGAGUAUUGAGGAUCCAAUAGAAUCACAGUUUAUCCGACAAAACCUGGAGAUCCUGCAGGAUGAAGUCGAGUCAGUCUGGAUUGGACUUCACCGCAGUCAUAUGGGUGAUUGGAUGUGGAUUGAUAAUACGGUUGUGGAUUACACAAACUGGAAACCGGAGAUGUGGGAUGAUGCUGAAAAAUGUGUUGAAGUUCAGUCAGACACUGGGAUGUGGAGCACCAGCAACUGUGAUUAUCAGAGAGGUUAUAUCUGCAAGACUGCUAAAGUUAUACCACCAACAGAGAAGCCAUCAGUCUCAGUUACACCAACAACAGCGAAGUUAUCAGUCUCAGAUAUUCAGACAGAUAAGAGGUCUCAUGGAUCGGCUGGCAUCGCUGUAGGGGUCGUGUUUGUCAUAAUCGCUAUCGCCGGUCUUGCUGGGUUUUUGCUCUAUAAGAGAAAUCCCAGGAGUGUGAUUGGACGGUUUGACAGCAGAUCCUAUAAUAAUCUCCCUGAGCCUCUUGCAGUUUUUGAUAGUAAAGAAUCAGCUGCCAAAAUUGAAGAAUCAAUAUGAAUAACACAUAAACACACACAGCCAUUAGUUUAAAUAUAAUGCGCAACUACCACAAUAAUUAUGCUCGGGGCUGUCAUGCACCAAAAUGUUUUACGGGGAACACCUACCCUUCAUACUGUUAUCAAUAUUAUUAAUGUCAAUUAAACAUCAAAACCUUUUAUACGCCAUAUUCUUUUAUAGGCUACACAGACAAAAAGAAAAACAUUUAAUGAACGACUUUACUGCUAUUUUACACAUUAAUGAAAAACUUUUACUUUUUGUAAUAAAACAUUUAUAUUCUU